AUGACGCGUUCACGACAUGGCAGCAGCAGUACGGCCAAUGGCUCGGGCGAGGCGCCCGCAAAGCCCAAGCCCUGGCUCUGGAUUAUUAGCUACAUGUUUUUCGCUGCACAGUUGAUCGCCGGCGUUGUUUCAGGCAUGGACUCGAUCUUGCUGCACGUGAAUGACCGCGGCGACUGGCAGCCGCCCACAGCCCUCUAUCUCUUUGUGUUCAUGGUGGGCGAGAUGAUGAUCCUGCUGCCCUGCGCCCUGCUGCUCCGCAGCCGCGGUCGCGGUGGGUUCAAGGCACCGGCCGUGCGCACCGGUUUCAUGGCUGGUGCGCUCAACGGCAUUGGCGUUCUGGGCUUUGUCGCCCUCAACGGCAUUGAAGAGGGUGAAGCCUCUAGCAUCGCCCCCUUUAGUUCCCUCUACGUCCUCAUUCCCAUUCUCUACGGCCUCAUUGUCCGGCGCGAGAAGCUCACCGCCCAAAAGGCCAUCGGGGUUACCGUCGGCGUCCUCUCUACCGUCAGCUUUAUUUACAGCGGCUCCAUCCCUCUCGGGGUCAAUCGCCCCGACAUUGUCCUUGCUGCCAUGGCCUGCUUUGUUGGUUGGGGUGGGUGCAUUCCAUUUUAUCACCACAUGUCAACGUGGCCCGAGAGUAGCUUUGCCGCAGCCUACAUUGUCAACAUCCUGACCUUUGGGAUGGUGGGUCUGGUGCCCACUCUGUUCACGGCGCCCAUGCUGCCCGACGUCCGAGAGCUGGGCAUGCUGGAAAUUUUCAACCGCUCCAGAAACCUCUUGGGCGCCGGUGCUUGCGACGGCCUGUCCUCCCUGGCCUUUAUUGCCAUGUCCGCUGCCUACCCGGAAGACUCGGUUGUCGUCGGUACCCUCUCCAGCCUCUACGUCAUCUUCCCCACCGUUGUUGGCCUGCUUUGGCUAGGUGAAUCUCGGACCACGGGCAAGAUUGUUGCCGUGGCCCUUGGUCUCUUGUCCUCGGGUCUCCUAAGCGCCGAGGCCUGA